CAUUAGCAUUGAUUUGAGAAUUGUGUAGCGUUACAUGUACGUUACUGCUUGGUAUGUUGAGCUGGUGACGUAGCUCCCGAUCCAUCCUUUGAUGGCCAAGAGCCCUCGUUCCUUUAGUGCGUCGGUUUGCUCUGCUCUCAUCGGAUUAGAUACCGCUUCAGAUAUGUUGCUGAAUCGUCAUCUGAGCUGAGAAUGUCCGGAUUUAUUUUCUAGAUUGAGGUGUUCAAGAUGCAUGUAGCGUAAUUGUUUAGGUGUAGUGAAACCCUCUAUAGUUGCAGGUCGUUCAUAUGUCGAAGUUGUAGCUUUCUUGUCCGCAUGGCAUAGCGCAAGGAGCUACAUGUCACCCUUCGAAGCUCCCUCAUGCAAUUGAGCAUCACUCCUGUCUUGCUGCUCCUCCAUUUUCAACCCAAAACUGUAAAUCAUUUGAAUCGCUGAUCUGCCGAAAAAGAACAAAAAGAUGCAUCGGUUUAAGUCUCAUCUUUGGUAACCCAAAUCCAUCGCGUCUAGUUACUUGACGCUCCGCUGCAACCACCACCAACACAACCUCGACAAUGUCAGGUCAAUGGCCUCCGGGCUCAGGGCCCGGUCCGUUAUCGAGUUCAGCGGCCCGGGUAAGAUCAAGUUCCUCCAGGGCCUAUUGAGCAACGAUGUGCAGCGAUUCGGUGAAACCCCCAGCGAGAAGAUUUUAAACCCGGCCACGCCCAACAUGCCCGUGAUUACGUUUCCUUCGAUGUAUGCUGCUCUGUUGACUCCUCAAGGGAGGUUUUUAUGUGACCUGUUUCUGAUAAGGCCCACGAGGCCCCAAGAGAAGCUCAAGAAGACUGGAUCCGGACCUGGGUCCAAUGACGGGGAGCUUGAGCCUCUCGCAGACAUGGAUGCGCAGGUCUUGGAUGAGGUUGUGCAGACAUUCAAAAGGUACCGAUUGAGGGCCAAAGUAGAUAUUGGAAAUAUAUCCAAAGAUUUCACUUACUGGCAGCGUUACGACACUAACUACUCUCACAAGUCCUCAACAGCAAAGGAGCCAGAUGCUGCUAGUGUUGGCUGGGGUGCUGGCAUUGACAAAUCCGCUAUGUCUGCUUCACAAGGAAAUGAUAUUCGGUGGCAGUGGUUCAAAGAUCCUAGAUUAGACUCUCUGGGUUAUAGAGGAAUAUUUCCAUCUUCAGAACGUUUGUGUUUCUUGUCCUUUCUCGUUUUGGUUGCUCGCAUGUCUUCGACGUUAUGGCUUUAAAAACUGGGCCAGCUUCUUUUAUUCCCUGCAAAUACCCUUUAACCUAGACUGUUAACUUCUAUCAUGUUCUAUUGCAGCUCCUUUGGUUGAAGCAGACAAAGAAACAGAUUAAAAAGUUUGUCUUCUUUUGAGACUAGAGAAGGGAUUUGCGGAGGGCUCAAUAGAGAUUCCUAAGGGAGAGGCAAUUCCACUGGAAUACAAUCUAGAAGGUCUUAUUACGAUUAGCUUCGAUAAGGGUUGCUGACCCAUCACCGAGAUAUGAUUCGCAAGCGUUUGCUGCCUUUGAAGUUCCUUCACGAUAACAGAAAAGAAGCAGAGCAGAAAGUUUCUUCUGGAUUAGAAAUCCUGGAUGCUGCAUCUGGCAGGAGAAUUGGAAUAGUCACCUCCAUUCUGGGAUGUCGAGGUCUAGGUCUAUUACAGUUGGAAGAUGCUCUCAAAAAGUCCAGUUUGCUUGCCAAACUUGGGCAAGAUCUCAAUGUAGAGGCAGUUAAACCAGAUUGGUGGCCUCCAGAAUGGUUUUAAGAGCAACAACAGCACAAUGCAGUUGCUUAAAUUUCAUUGUGCUAACACGCACACUCUUCACCUUGUUGUCGAAUGAGAAAACAAGUGAUGGAGAUGAGAUGAAUAUGUUGUCCUGGAAGACCAUCGGAUGUGGAAACAGAGUUUCAAUUAGAGGGACAACAGUAUUUCAUGGUUAUUGGAAAGUCCAAUGAUGUCCGGUCCAUUUUCCAGAGGCCCAACAAAGCUGAGGCAGGGAAGCUGCGAAGUAAUGCUG